AGGUAAGAACAUGCUCUGAUACAGAGUUUGUGUGCAAUAAUGGAAAGUGCAUUCCAAGUCGAUGGCAAUGUGAUAAUGAAGAUGAUUGUGGUGAUAAAUCAGAUGAAGAUCUCAGCAUUUGCAGUAACAGAACAUGCCAAGCAGGACAGUUCACAUGCAAUUCCCCACCUGGUGCUUGUAUUCCAAUUUCUUGGCAUUGUGAUGGACAAAAAGAUUGUGUAGAUGGAUCAGAUGAAGAAGACGACUGCAGUCAGAUUACUUGUUCAGAUGAAGAAUUCACUUGCAAUAAUAAUAAAUGCAUUACAAAAAGAUGGGUUUGUGAUCAAGACAAUGACUGUGGAGACAAUAGUGAUGAAAAAGAUUGUGCUCAAGUUACUUGUUCCUCUUCUGAAUUUGCUUGUGGUAAUGGGAAGUGCAUAGCUGAUAAGUGGAAAUGUGAUGGGUCAAAUGAUUGUACUGAUGGAUCUGAUGAAGAAAAUUGUCCUACCCCUAAAGCUUCAGUGUGUAACGGCCGAGAAUUUAUGUGUGCAAAUAAAAGGGACUGUGUGCACAUAAGUUGGCGUUGCGAUGGGGAUCCAGAUUGUCCUGAUGGAUCUGAUGAGCUCAAUUGCACAAAUACAUGUAGACCAGAUCAAUUCCAGUGCAAAAACAUGCAGUGCAUACCUGGACAAUUACAGUGUAAUGGUAUGGAUGAAUGUCCUGAUGGAUCGGAUGAAGAAAAUUGUGAAUCAUUGCAUCCUGCUAAGUGCAACCCAAAGACUCAGUUUGACUGUGGCGAUAAUCACUGCAUUUCAUUAAGUCUGGUGUGUAACUCUCAUAAUGACUGUGGGCAGUAUGAAGAUGAACCUCAAGAUUUAUGCUAUAAAGAUGAAUGCAAGCAAGAUAAUGGAGGUUGUUCUCAAAUUUGCAAAAAUCUUCCCAUAGGCUUUGAAUGUCAGUGUCGUGAAGGUUUCACGUUAACGGAUAAUCGUACUUGUGAAGACAUCAAUGAAUGUGAAACACCUGGAUCUUGUUCUCAACUUUGUUUUAAUACUAAAGGGAGUUACAAAUGUGAAUGCCUGGAUGGAUACAUGCUGGAGCCAAAUAAUAACAAGAGAUGUCGAGCCAGUGAGGGUCGCACCAUCAUCUUAUUUGCCAAUCGUCAAGACAUCCGCAAAAUUGACAUUGAGUUAUCAGAAUCAUAUACAUCUGUAGUUAGCAAUCUCCGCAGCUCUGUUGCCCUGGAUUAUGAUUAUCGUACAGGAACAGUCCUAUGGUCUGAUGUGGUUGAAGAAGCAAUAAAAAGUGUGCCAAUUGAUGCUGGAGCUCCCAUAACAACUAUUGUAUCCAACGAGUUAGUACCAGAUGGCGUUGCUGUAGAUUGGAUCUAUGGACAUAUAUACUGGACAGACACAGGGAAGAAUCAAAUAGAGAUGAUUGAUAAGACUGGGAAAAUGCGGAAAACCAUCAUAAGUGGAGAUUUAGAAGAACCACGUGCUAUAGUUUUAGAUCCUCUUGAGGGGUGGAUGUAUUGGACUGAUUGGGGGGAGCCAGCAAAAAUUGAGCGUGCUGGCAUGGAUGGCAGUCACCGAGCAACCAUUGUCUCAACAGAUAUAAAAUGGCCUAAUGGUCUUGCUAUUGAUUUUGUUACCAAGAAGAUCUAUUGGGCCGAUGCCAAAAAUCAUAUUCUGAGCAGUGCUGACUACAAUGGUGACAACCGAAGAGUAAUUCUGUCAAAUCCUGUAGUUCUGAAACAUCCUUUCUCCAUUGAUGUUUUUGAAGACUGGAUCUACUGGACUGAUUGGGAGUCUGAAGCAAUUCACAGAAUGAAUAAAUUCACUGGUGGUGAAAUAACUAAUAUUGCUACUGGAAUUUUCUCACCUAUGGACAUUCACAUUUAUCAUCCCUACAAACAACCUGCAGGAAAGAAUUAUUGUGGUGAGAUGAAUGGUCACUGCUCCCAUCUAUGCUUACCUACUCCACAUAUUAAUGAUAACUCUCCUCGUUAUACAUGUGCUUGUCCAAAUGGCAUGGAGCUUGCCCAUGAUCAUACUACCUGCAUCACCCAAGAACAUUUGAACACUUCUGUCACUGAGAAUUAUGCUCUGUCUACUACCUCUGUUUCACAAGGCGGGAAUGUUAAUGUUGCCAUCACUGUGAGUUAUCCUCUUUCUUCCACCUCUACGGUUUCGCAAGACAGUGAUGUUCAUGUUGCCACCAGCAGUACAACAGAAUCAUACAAUUUCAUUAAUGGCUCAAAUUCUUCAAGAUUCGAUUUUGGCAAUAUUCAGCCCUCAGAAAGCUCCAUCAUAGAAAAAGCAUCAGGGCAGCAUAAUAGUUCUGAAUUACAUCAUGGAAGUGGAAUUUUGCCAGAUACUGGAAGAUUAGCUGGAAUCAUAAUUGGCGGCUUGUGUGCUUUAAUACUGCCAUUAGCAUUGGUUGGUUUUCUAAUAUACAAACAUUAUUUGCGGAAAAAUGUUACAAGUAUGAAUUUUGAUAAUCCUGUCUACAGAAAGACAACUGAAGAUCAAUUCAGUUUGGAAAAGAACCAGUAUCAACCAGCUAGGUCAUAUCCACCGAGUUUAGAGCCUUUGACUUCUCCUGGAACCAAUGAGUUUGUUUAGUUUCCCUCAAGCGAAUGAAGAACUUAAGAACUUCCAUGCUGAAGUGCAAGACUGUGUUCAAAACUUUCAUUUCGCCUUGCUCAUUCAGCACAAGAUGGUAGUGCUUGGGAGGCAUCUGAUUAAUUUUUGCUUCCAGGAAUUUAGCUUUAGUGCUCGACUUUUUUGCCGGUGAAGACCCAUGUUCCAUACCAUGGACAAAUUGUUGUCUGGAAGCCAAGCAGCUAACUAGCACUUUUUAUACGAGUUGUUCCUAAUGAAAAAGAAAUCGUCUUAAAAAUUGCUGCCUAUUGGACAGAGCAUUAUUUUCAUCUCUCAUUUUGUAAGCUGUUAUGUUUGCAACUUAAAAGAAAAAACUAGUUGACCAAAUUGAAGUUAUAUACCUCAAACAAAGCUGUGAACUUAUUACUUAAAUUUGAGACCUGUGAGAAUUAUCAAAAUUGAAAGCUUGGAAAAAUUGCUUUCAUUUGUUCAUAAGAGAUUAUGCAUAUAAAGGAUACAUUCCAUCUUUGUACUUGAAAGAACUUCUAUGCAUGUUUGAUUGUGAAGGAAUUGCCGAUUCCUUUAAAUUGAUUUUUGAAAUACUCAGACAGUUGUAGCCUAUUUAUUUCAAUCUUUUUGACAUUUUGAUUGACAACUUAAACAUUUUGUCAAAAAUUUUGAAUAUUAAUUUUUUUUGGUUGUGGCGAUUUGUUUAUAUUUCUAAUUUAUUGACAUUCUAUGAAUGUUUGCUAAAUGUUUACGGUGUUUUUUAACUUAAACUGUAUACAUUCUAAAAACUGUUUGUACUUAUUGCUGUGCUUUUAAGUGCUUAUUUCGGAGCAUUGAAGAAAACAUUUAAUGCUAAUUAUUCAGUUGUGAUAACCUUUGGUUUAUCAAGGAAAUUCAUUGCACUGCAAAAGCCAAAAAGAUUGGUAAUUUGGAUAUCCUUUGCAAGCAUGUAAUUAAGCCAAUAAUUAUGCCAAAUAUGUCCCUAUUCCUCCUUGAGUUUAAAUUAUUAUAAAUUGAUUUUAUAAACAAAAUGCAACAAGGAGUGCUAUUUGACUUUAAUUUCAUUGCAGUUUUAUUUGCUACAUUUCAUUUGCUCAGUAUUAUGAAACAUUUUCUUCUCAACAAAGCUUUUUUGGUUGUGUUUUGUUUCUAAGUGUUAGAAUCGUUAUUGCUGCUUUAAUUUCAAGUACUUGUCAUUAUUUAAUUAUUAACCACCCCCCGGUUAACCGUCCUAUGAAUCAUCUUUUCUUAAAGAAAUAUCUCAUUAACUGCAGGGUGGUUACAACUUUUGUAAAUACUUAUGUUAUAAAUUUUGUAUAGAUAUGUUGGAUCGUAAGAGCUUGUUUUAAACCUGGUGACCUUGUUUUCAAAGUGUAAAUGCUAUGUUUGAUUUUUAGAACAAUUUAUCUGAUAUUAUUUAUUUAAAUUUACACAAAUUAUGAUGGCUAUGUAAUUUUUUUCCAAAACUUUUGAAUACAGGGGCCAGUCUUUAAGAGUAUAGUUUAAUGCAUGGCUUGAUUUCCAACAGUUAGGAAUUUAAAUUAUUUUUCUGCAUAAUAUGAAGUCUUCAAACUUUUUCAUCAUAAAUUUGUGGCUGAAAAGGCAAAACUGCUGGUCAAUUAAUUUAUCAUCUUUCUGAAAUUAACUUGUACUGACCUAUUAUGUUGCUCUCAUACUCUAAAACUCAACUUUUACUUCAAACUGCAUAUAUGGAAGUACUAAAACAUAUGUGAUAGUUCUUACAUCAUUUGUUCCAUUUCAUCUCUGUAAAAUCAAUUUGAUCAUUUAAAAGAAUAUCAUAAGCUUUGCAUCAAAGACAUAUUUUCCCUUGUUUUGAAAGGUAUUUAUUUGCAGCGGUUCCUUAAUGUAUUGUACAGAACUUGGCAAUGAAAAAGAAAAGCAUAACAAUUUUCUGAAUGGUCAUAUUUCACCAACAGAUUUGAACCUCAGGGCCACCCUAACCCCAAUUUGAAGCCUUCUUCAACCAAUCGGAAGGCUUUGAUCAGCGAUACAGGUCUCUGAUGGAGGUUCAAAUCAGCUGGUCAAUGCAACCAUUUGAGGUUCGUUGGAACUCUCUCAUAGACUCCGUACAUUUUAAUGACAAACAAGAAGCGUAUGGUAUUCUUCAGGGUUGUACAAAAUACUGUUGAGAAAUUUAGUGUAGGUAACCCUUUUCCAAACGGCUUGAACCUUCCUUGUACUGAAGUAAAAAAAAGUUUCUAGAAUUCUUCGUCAAUACUCUUAACAUAGUCUUGUGUGUUGAAAUUGCUUGUUUAUUUGUGCUUUUUGCACUGAUGACUGCAGUUUGAAACUUUCUAAUGAACUAUUCAAAAGAAAGAGAUGUCAUAUUCAUAUGGUACCAUGCAGUACUAAGUUGUUAAAAUAGUUCAGCAAAUAUUUUCAUUUGUUUUAAGGCAAAAUGGUUGAAUUACCCUAAAAUAAGCUGUAUCCAUGUGCUGAACAAAGUCGUUAGGUGUAUUUUUACGAAACCUGCAGAAUACCAACAGUUUUUUCUUUUUUUGUAUAGAAACUAUAGGAUUUUUAAACUUUAAAUUAAUGCACAAAGAAAUUAACAUUAUUACCUGCUCUGUUUUCUCAUUCUAUAUAUUAUACCCUGAAAGGUAUGUAAACAAGUUUACAAAAAAAAAAAAAAAAACUAUCAAAACAAGGGUGCCUAUAUAGAGGGGCUCAAGCCCCUCCUUUUAAAUUAAAACUUCCUUGCUUUUAGUACUUUUUUUCUUUGCAAAAAUGAAAAAACAUUUCUUCUCCAGCCUAUAGUGAAUAAGUUAUUAAAAAUAUCAAAUUUUAAUAACUCUAUUCUGUACUGAAAUCGGUUUCUAUGGGGGAAAAUAUCCUGCUAAACCAUGGGGAAAAUCUCUGAGCCCCCCCCCCCCCUAAAAUUUUGCAUAUGGGCGCCCAUGUAUCAAAAUAUUUUGGAACCGCUGUUUUAGUUUAGUCAGAUAAGGUUGUUUGUAAAAAGGGGGGAAAAAGUUUUAAUUCCUUUUAUCAACAUAAAUUUUAAUCAAAUGGAAGUGGAUCUUCCUGAAUUUUUUUUUUUUGACUGUAAAGGAGCAUGUAUUGCUUAGAUUGGUCAUGUUCCAAACUAGUCACACUGUGGUUCUUCUGAUUUAACUUUUAGUGGAAAGACAUUACAUGUAGCCUGAUAUCUGUGAUGGUUUAUCCCAAGUUUUCAUUUUGUGUGAAGAUCUGUAUAGGUAACAUUGUCCUUUUUUGUUUUUUAAUAAAUAUUUUAAAACACACAAA